CUUCACCCAGAUACUGAAGUAGAGCAGCAGCAGCACUUGGAUUUUUUUUUUUUUUUGUUUAUAUCUGUUCUUACUCAGUUGUGAACUCUGCCCUUUCUGAUAUAUUUAAGAUAGGUAUGGCACCGGUCGCUGCUAGGAGAGCUUGUAAUCCAGUUGAGCCAUCUGGUUUAACAUCCACGAUGAAGAGGCAGAAGAAAAUAAAGAUGGAGAAGAAGAUCAAGAAGACCGUGAAAAGGUUAAGAGUGGAUAUGGCAAAUAUAAGCAUAGAGCAAAGAGGCAUAAGAGAGCAGCAAAAGAAAAUCAGAGAAAAGUUGGAAGAAAUUGGAAGCCAAUGUGCACAACUUCGAGAGGAGACUGAGUUGAUUUUCAGACAAAAGGCAGGGAACCAAGUUCUCCUCAACCUUGUCUGCCAAAUCAUCAAGGCAAGACAAGAUAGAGACAUUGAAAAGGCCGCCUCCCUCGCCUGCACCCUACGUGAUUUAAUAGCGAAGCAAAAGGGAAAACGCAUGCUUAUGGCCUGCCCUAAAUGCGAGUGAAAAAUGCACGGCAAUCACCAGCUUGACAUUGCAUCAUCUCUGUACAUGAAUAAUAUAGACCGCUUUGUCAAUUAAUUAGUUUGCCGUUUUCAAUGUGUGUGUAGAAAUCAAUGUAAAAACAAUAAUGAUUUUGAAUUUUCAUGUAAGGCAAAGAAAAUGUUUAGUAAGAUUUAAUCAAAAUGACAAAGAUAA